AGUUAUAACUUGAUUUUUGACAAGAAUAGUGUCGACGGAUAAGUUCUUAUGCAUGAAACAAUGAGGCUUAUCGUAUUGAUAGCUUUCUGUUUAGUCGUAGUUUCGGCCGCAAAGAUUGAGUCAUAUCAAACUGUUCGUGAUAUUACAUAUCCAAAUGCCCGGCGAGAUGAGAGUGUGGUCGAUGAUUUACAUGGAACAAAAGUGGCCGAUCCAUAUCGAUGGCUUGAGGAUCCUUACUCGGAAGAGACGAAACAGUAUGUCGAUGAUGAAAAUAAAAUAUCACAAUCGUUCCUAGAGAAUAACGAUAAUUGGAAGAAGAUAAAUGAAAAACUGACCAACAUUUGGAACUACCCAAAAUUCGGCGUACCACAGCGCAAGGGAAAAUACUACUUUUCUUUCAAAAAUUCUGGCCUACAAAAUCAGAAUGUUCUGUACAAACAGAGUUCAUUGGAUGAAGAGCCAAGUGUGUUUUUGGAUCCGAAUACAUUGUCCGAUGAUGGUACAAUUUCUUUGCAAGGCAAAGCAUUCUCAAAAGAUGGAAGUAUACUUGCGUACACUCUCAGCGAAUCUGGUUCAGAUUGGGUGAAAAUUAAAUUUCGUAACGUUGAAUCGGGCGAAGAUUAUCCAGACUUAUUGCAAAGAGCUAAAUUUACAUCGUUAGCGUGGACACAUGACAAUAAGGGAUUGUUUUAUAAUCGCUAUGAUCAGAACGGAGAUGGAUCUGAAACCGAUUCAAACAAGAACCAAAAGUUGUACUAUCAUCGCGUUGGCGAACCACAAGAAAAAGACGUUCUCGUUGUUGAAUUCUUAGACAAUCCAUCGUGGUUGAUAUCGGCAACAGUGAGUUCCUGUGGCAAAUAUUUGAUUGUAAUAUCCGAAUUAGGUAAUCAACUCUUAUAUUAUGCUGACCUACAGAAGAAUGGCCCAAUCAAUGGAAAAAUUCCACUUACACCGAUUGUAACGAAGUUCGAGGCUGAUUAUCAUUACAUAACUAAUACUGGAUCAAAGGCAUUGUUUCGUACAAACAAAAAUGCACCAAAUUAUCGCCUUGUGGUGAUCGAUUUCGACAACUUUGCGGAAAAAAGUUGGACUACUCUUAUUGAGGAAAACUCAAAUGAUGUCUUAACAUGGGCGCAGUGUGUUGAUAAGGAUAAAAUUGUAAUUCACUAUCUUCACGAUGUUAAGAGCGUUUUACAAGUGCACUCCCUGAAAUCGGGCGCAUUGAUUCGAAAGUUGCCGCUUGAAAUCGGUCAAAUCGUUGCAUUCAAUGGUGAUAAAAAAUAUUCCGAAAUUUUCUAUCAACUCGAGUCAUUUUUAACGCCUGGAACAAUUUAUCGAUAUGACUUCUCGAACCCCGACAUUGAGCCGACUGUGUUGCGCGAAGUUGAAUUGAAUUUGGAAGGAUUCGAUAAGAAUGACUUCAAAGUGGAACAAGUAUUCUAUCCAAGUCGUGAUGGUACAAAAAUUCCUAUGUUUAUUGUGCAGCGAAAAACCGAAGCUAAAAAGCCUAGACCAUGUCUGCUGCACGCCUAUGGAGGAUUCAAUAUUGCAACACAACCAUCAUUCAAAGUGCCAUUUCUGUUCUUUGUCUAUGCAUUCGAUGGCAUUUUGGCAGUUGCAAACAUCCGUGGCGGUGGUGAAUACGGUGAAAGAUGGCACGAUGCAGGUCGUUUACUCAACAAACAGAAUGUGUUUGAUGAUUUCCAAACGGCAGCCGAAUAUUUAGUCGAACAAAAGUAUACGAUACAGAAAAAGAUUGGAAUUUAUGGCCGUUCAAAUGGAGGACUACUCAUUGGAGCUUGUAUCAAUCAACGACCAGAUCUCUUUGGUGCCGCAGUGCCUCAAGUCGGUGUUAUGGAUAUGCUUAGAUUCCACAAGUUUACAAUCGGUAGUGCAUGGAUCUCAGACUAUGGAAACCCAGAUGAAAAGAUUGACUUUGAAAAUAUUUACAAAUAUUCCCCGCUGCAUAAUGUGCACGCACCAAACAAAAUCGAAAACCAAUACCCACCUACAUUAAUUCUAACUGGUGAUCACGAUGAUCGCGUCAGUCCAUUGCAUUCGUUGAAAUUUGCUGCCAAUCUGCAAUAUGCUGUUAGAGACAACCAAUUCCAGAAGAAUCCAAUUUUGUUGAGAGUUUACAGCAAGGCAGGGCAUGGUGACGGCAAACCAACUGCCAAGAAGAUCGAAGAGGAAACUGAUAUCUACACAUUCUUGCAACGAGCUCUUCAAAUUGAUAUCGACAUUUAGUUUAGGCUAUUUUUUUUAUUAAGAAGAUACACAAAACAAUAUCAGUUGAAUUACUUUUGAAAGUUGCAAUGUAACACAUUCCAAAGUGUCAUUAACAUUUCUAAAUGAAAUUCUACUUAAAUGUAAAUGGUACGAUAAGGAUUAACUGCAUAUUUGAAGUGAUGCCAAUGUUUUUAUUUGAUUUAGAGAUAAGAUCGUAAAGUUUAAAUUCUUAAAAUAAAUCAGUACUUAUAUGAGCACGAUAACU